AUGGAAGACAACCUUGUUUUCAAUUACUCGGAAUACAUGGAUGACCUCAACAACAGCGAGGGUUUCUACGUAACCCCGAGUCGAGACGGCUCGGUUUUGCUAGGCGGGAUACGGCCGGUCGGAGAUUUUUCCGGAGAAGAUCGUAUUCGCCGGAAGGCAGAGGCCGCCGCCAGGUACGCGGUGGAGGAGCACAAUAAUUGCGAAAAUGGAAAUCGUCGUCUCGACUUUCUAAAAAUAUUGAAUCUCAACGUGGAGCCUGCCGCCGGGGCACUUUACUACAUAACCUUGGCGGCGGCCGACGAGUCCUCCGGCGAGGUAAGUCGGUAUGAGGCCAAAGUGUGGGAGAAAAUCAACACCGGGUAUAAGGUCCAGAUUUUUAGGCUAGCGCCGUACUCGAUCAAAUCCUCAGAUAAGGUUGGGAAUGGGAUUUGCUGUGUUGGGGUUGAUAACUUGAUGCCAUGGAUGAAUGAGACCUAUUUGUACUACAAGUGCUUUUAUAGAAUUAGGAGACAGCUUUUGGGAUUGGAGGUAAUUAAGCAGGAUAUUGAGAAGGGCAGUUGCAAAGGGGUUCUAUGGUUGAAAAAUUGUGAAGACUCUGAGGAAAUCUUGAAGAGAUAUGAUGGGAAAAAUAUGCCAUGCACCAAUCAAUUACUCUAUGAUUUUGAUAUGAGAAACUUGUCCUAG